AUGGCUAAUUUCACAAAGGAAGAAAUUGACAUUGUUGUGGUUGGAGUUGGACCAUUCGGUAUAGUUGUUUCAGCAUGUUUAAACAAAGUGGGUAUAAACACUGUUGUUUUAGAAAAACAAGAUUGUUGUGCUUAUUUGUGGAAGAAAAAGACUUAUGAUAGACUUCAUUUGCAUCUAUCAAAGGACUUUUGUUCAUUGCCGUUUAUGCCACAUGCAACUUCAUCACCUAAGUAUAUGCCCAAAAAAGAAUUUAUUCAAUACUUAGAUGAGUAUGUUGAGCAUUUCAACAUCAAGCCAAAAUUCCAAACUUGUGUUGAAUCGGCCUUUUACAACAAUGGGGAAAAGAAAUGGAAUGUCAAAUCAAGAAAUUUGACUAGCGGAGAAAUUGAAUUGUAUGCUAGUGAUUUCUUGAUUUUGGCUACUAGAGAAAAUAACGAAGGUUAUAUUCCAAAAAUGGUAGGAAUAAAAAAUUUCAAAGGCGAAAUAAUCCAUUCAAGUGAUUAUAGAUCUGGUGAAAAAUAUAAGAAUAAAAAGGUAGUAGUCAUUGGAUCAGGAAAUUCUGGGAUGGAAAUAGCUUUUAAUCUUUCAAAUUAUGAAAGUCACACAUCAAUUGUUGUUAGAAGUCCAAUAAGUCUCUCUAUCUCUUUAUGCCUUAUCUUUACUUUUAUCGUUAUUUGUUUGCAUAACUGUCUUGAAAGGGAGCAGCACGUCCAAACAACUGAUAUUUUAAUGUGGGUAUUUCGACAAGGCCAUCCAUAA